AUGGCCGUCGACGUGCCCGAGCUCGACGACUUCGGCCUGCCCAUACGGACGGCCCCCGAGGUGCGGUACGAGCAGGCCGAGCAUGCCGAUGCCGACGCCUCGUCGUCUAUUGCGAAGAAGAUUGGCCUGCGGAGCAGGAGCGCGAGCAAGACUUCCAACAAGGGCGGCGUGAACGGGGCGAGGAAGAGCAGUAAUGCCGGGUCGACGAGGUCGAGGGCGUCGAGCGUCGCGAGCCGGAAGAACCUCGACAAGCCGCUUGAUUCGAACAGCGAGAGCGAUGGCGAGGACGAACACAAGGAUGCGGUGCCAAAGUCUAUACCUGAGGGGGAUGCUGGUGCGGAGGAUGGUCCGAAGACGCCGGUGCCGCCACAGCUGAAGAAGAAGGAUGGUGAUAAUGCAGGUUCAGAUGCAAAGUCCACUGGGAAAGAGGAUGUAGAGUCUCAAGACAAGAAAGAGGAAGUGAAGUACUUUAAGACAACGGAAACCGAAAAGAAGGGCCCGGAUCACAAGCGGGAUAUCAGCCUAGCCAGCACCGUUGAUACCAAUGGCAUGGGCGAAUUCUCGCAUCAGCAGCUUACUACCAAAAAGGAGGAGAAGCACGGUGAGGACGACGUUGAAUGGCAAACCAUGCCUGCCUAUGCGCCGUACGACAUAUAUGACGAUGACAAUCGUCUGAUUGCAAGGGAACAUGACGAUGCCGAAGACGAGAAGUAUGGCUAUGCCGGCUUGGGUGGUGCUGGGAAGGGGUAUACUCGUGUGAUCAUGGACGAUGACGCCGAAUCAGCGACAAGCAUGGACGAGAACACCAGUUAUUUGUUCAAAGACCCGAAAUCUACGAGUAUGAUGGACGAGGAGCAACGAGAUGCUGUAUCUCAAAUGCAAGCGACUAAAGACCUCCUGACGGAAGGCCAACGGAUAGCUUAUGUCGGCCUAACACGGCUCGAACUGUCCGUCAUGGUCAAGGAGGCCGAGAGCAUUGACUCAGAAAAACUCCCAAAGAGCACCAAGAAAAUUGUAAACCUGGCCUCGGAGUCGAUGAAGAUGUGGGCGCAGAAGAUGAUGAUCCGCCUCUAUUCACACAUGGACAUCAGUGCCGCGGAGCAGGUCAUGAUCGAGCAAUUGAGCGAACACGGCGUCAUGCCACAGGACUUGACACCUCUGCUGAUGGCCAAUUCUCGAGUCAAGAACCCCAUGGCGGACGGCCCACGCAGCUCUUCCUCCUUGUCCAGCAACAAUCUGUCGCUCUCCUCCCCUCGUUUGUCCCUAGACGAUGAAGCUGUUGCCUCACCUCCUCCGCCAUACGAGACUCAUGAGGGCGAGGAAUUGCCGGAUGUACGCACGCCGAGUCAAUUGCCUACGAGUGAGAAGAUUGACAUUGAUCUGCGAUGGACGGUGCUUUGUGAUCUAUUCCUUGUGCUGAUCGCAGAUUCUGUCUACGAUGCCAGAUCUCGAGUGCUCUUGGAAAGAGUGGGCAAGAGCCUAGAGAUCCCCUGGCUGGAUAUCUGCAAGUUCGAGAAGAAAGUCACUGAUGCUCUCGAGAUGCAACAAGAGGCCGAGAAGGAGAAUUGGAAUGAGGAUGAGCACAAGGAGAACCGUCGUAAGAUGGCGCUGAAGAGACGCUACGUCAUGAUGGGUCUGGCCACCGUUGGAGGAGGCCUGGUCAUCGGCCUUUCAGCCGGAUUGCUGGCCCCUGUCAUCGGUGCCGGUCUUGCAGCUGGUUUCACCACUAUCGGUGUCACAGGUACAGGUAGUUUUCUAGCUGGUGCCGGCGGUGCAGCUAUCAUUACCUCUAGUGCUGUCGCUUCGGGUAGUAUCAUUGGUGGCCGAGCUGCCAACCGAAGAACAGGUGCCGUGAAGACAUUCGAGUAUAGACCGCUUCACAAUAACAAGCGAGUUAACCUCAUCGUCACUGUUGCUGGGUGGAUGACGGGCAAGGUCGAUGAUAUUCGUCUGCCAUUUAGUACCGUCGAUCCCAUGAUGGGAGAUAUUUACUCUGUUUUGUGGGAGCCGGAGAUGUUGACCAGUAUGGGUGACACCAUCAACAUCCUAGCAACUGAGGCUCUUACACAAGGACUUCAACAAGUCCUCGGCAGCACCAUUCUCAUCAGUCUGAUGGCCGCCCUUCAAUUGCCCGUUGUUUUGACAAAGCUCUCAUAUCUCAUUGAUAACCCUUGGGCUGUGUCUCUAGAUCGUGCGACGUCAGCAGGACAGAUUCUUGCCGACUCUCUUAUUGACAGAAACCUUGGUACUAGACCGGUAACACUUGUCGGGUACUCUCUUGGUUCUCGGGUCAUCUUCUCCUGUCUCCUCGAGCUCGCUAAGAAAGGAGCCUUGGGGCUUGUCCAGAACGUUUACAUGUUUGGAUCUCCAGUCGUGGUCAAACAAGACGAGUGGCUGCGCGCUAGAACCGUCGUUGCCGGUCGCUUUGUGAAUGGCUAUAACCGGAACGAUUGGAUUUUGGGUUAUCUGUUCCGUCUUACCAAUGGCGGCAUUCGACGUGUCGCCGGCUUGGCCCCAAUUGAAGGUAUUCAAGAUGUAGAGAACAUGGACGUGACGGAACACGUUGUGGGCCACAUGGACUACCGUACAGCCAUGCCACGCCUGAUGCGUGAAUGUGGUUGGAUGGUCGAGAGCGAUGAGUUCACGGAAAUCGAGGACCCGGAUCCGGAGAACCAUAAUCAGAGACAGAGAGAGCUCAUCAAUGAGAUCGAAGGCGCCCGCAAAGAAUUAGAAAAGGAGGGCAAACCUAAGAAGGGAGCUUUCGGUGGCUUCUUCAGCCGGAAAAAGAAGACGGAUAAAGCAGAGUGGGAGGUCUACGAAGAGCAGAAGGGGAACAAAGAUCCAAAUGGGCCUUCGAGGACGGAAGACCAGAAUGGAAACAACCAUGGUGUGCUCUUCGACAUCGAUGCUAUCCGAGCUGAGCUUGCCAAGGACCAAUUGCAGGUCAAAGAACUGCAGUCUACAUUACCGCCAAUGAAGAUUCCGAGUCCAAGUCCUAGUCCUGCUUAUCCGCCUCCUGUCAAUCCGCGAGACUCGUUGCGGGAGACUAAGACGACCGAUGCUGUGCCUUAUCGGCCAUCACACGAGUACAGAUUGUCAGGAGAAAGGACGCCUACGAUCCCUACCACGCAGACUUUCGAGAAUAACAACCACGGCUUUGAGUCGAAACAUAGAGACGACAACGACGGCAUUCAGAUGACGUUUGACACGUCAUUUGAGGAUGAUGCGCAUGGAAAGCCAUUGCAGAAGAGCGAGACCAACUAUUACAGAUCUGCCUCGCCGGCGGCUCCGGUCCGGCCGGAGAUGAAGACAUCGCAGACGGUGCCGAAUAUUGCACUUGCUGAUCCAUGGGCGGACCCGGACGACGAUGAUUUUGGCAAGGAAAAAGAGAUAUCCAUGACUUUUGCAUAG